AUGACAACUUUCUCAAGAACAAAACGUGUUACUGAUCCACUCGACGAUGCAGCCAAGGCUCGGAUCUUUGGCAACGUCAGCAUCAGCCUAGACCAAGAGUCUCCUCGAAUCUGCGAGCUCGUAGACGGAAUUUUCGAGGAUGGUCCCGAAGAGACGUUCUACGAUUCUGACUCCGACUUGUCCGAGAAUUCCGCAAUGGAAUGUUCUAAUGAAGCGAGUGAAGAGACUGUAAAGACGGCUCUGAGCUUCUCCGAAUCGGAUCCUUAUCGGAAUCUAUUGCUUUCUCACGUUCUGAAAGGCGUAGAGGCAUAUUCGGGUCUUAGGUCGAGGCAGAAAUCUGUUUUCCGUGACAAAGUAGCAUCAUUUCUGCGAGAGCUAGGUCACGACGCCGCGGUUUGUGCGUCGAAGUGGUACUCUUCGGCUAAACUCACCGCCGGGAGUUACGAUUUCAUUGACGUCUUUUACAAGCCGUUGAAUGAUCGGUCGACGGCUGCGAUCCGUUACUUAGUCGAUCUAGACUUUGCUUCGGAGUUCGAGAUCGCAAGACCGACGCGCCAAUACGCGCGUGUGUUGCAGUUGCUGCCUCAUGUUUUCGUAGGGAAAGAGGAGAAUCUGAGGACGGUCGUGAGAGAGUCAUGCGACGCGGCGAAGCGUUCGAUGAAGAGCCGUGGCUUGUCUCUUCCUCCGUGGCGGAGAAGCUCUUACAUGCAGCGUAAGUGGUUCGGUCCGUACACAAGAAAGGUUGGAUCUAGCUUGGGAGUAACGUCGUCGUUUAAUAAAGACGCCGUUAGCUGCCGCUCUAUGGGGUUUGAUGACGCCGUCAACACUCGUUUGGUCAUAAGGACGUGA